AUGCUUGGACAUGUUGAGCUGUCCUCUACAGAUGGACUGUCCUCUCAAGUUGAGCUGUCCUCUCAGGUUGAAGUGUCCUCUCAGGUUGAGAUUUCCUCUCAAGUUGAGCUGUACACUCAAGUUGAGCUGCCCUCUCAAGUUGAGCUGCCCUCUCAAGUUGAGCUGCCCUCUCAAGUUGAGCUGCCCUCUCAAGUUGAUCUGUCCUCUCAAGUUGAUCUGUCCUCUCAAGUUGAGCUGUCCUCUCAAGAUGAGCUGCCCUCUCUAGUUGAGCUGUCCUCUCAAGUUGAGCUGUCCUCUCAACUGUCCUCUGAUGUUGAGCUGUCCCCUCUAGAUGAGCUGUCCUCUCUAGAUGAGCUGUCCUCUCAAGUUGAGCUGCCCUCUCAAGUUGAGCUGUCCUCUCAAGUUGAGCUGUCCUAUCAUGUUGAGCUGACCUCUCUAGAUGAGCUGUCAUCUCUAGUUGAGCUGUCCUCUCAAGUUGAGCUGUCCUCUCAAGUUGAGCUGUCCUCUCAAGUUGAGCUGUGCUCUCAAGUUGAGCUGUCCUCUACAGUUGAGCUGUCCUCUACAGUUGGACUGUCCUCUCAAGUUGAGCUGUCCUCUCAGGUUGAGGUGUCCUAUCAGGUUGAGAUUUCCUCCCAAGUUGAGCUGUACACUCAAGUUGAGCUGCCCUCUCAAGUUGAGCUGCCAUCUCAAGUUGAGCUGCCCUCUCAAGUUGAGCUGCCCUCUCAAGUUGAGCUGCCCUCUCAAGUUGAGCUGUCCCCUCAAGUUGAGCUGUCCUCUCAAGAUGAGCUGCCUUCUCUAGUUGAGCUGUCCUCUCAAGUUGAGCUGUCCUCUCAAGUUGAGCUGUCCUCUCAAGUUAAGCUGUCCUCUCAACUUGAACUGUCCUCUCAAGUUGAGAUGUCCUCUCAAGUUGACCUCUCCUUCAAGUUUAGCUUUGAGCUGUCCUCUGAUGUUGAGCUGUCCCCUCUAGAUGAGCUGUCCUCUCUAGAUGAGCUGUCCUCUCAAGUUGAGCUGCCCUCUCAAGUUGAGCUGUCCUCUCGAGUUGAGCUGUCCUAUCAUGUUGAGCUGACCUCUCUAGUUGAGCUGUCCUCUCUAGUUGAGCUGUCCUCUCAAGUUGAGCUGUCCUCUCAAGUUGAGCUGUCCUCUCAAGUUGAGCUGUGCUCUCAAGUUGAGCUGUCCUCUACAGUUGAGCUGUCCUCUACAGUUGGACUGUCCUCUCAAGUUGAGCUGUCCUCUCAGGUUGAGGUGUCCUAUCAGGUUGAGAUUUCCUCCCAAGUUGAGCUGUACACUCAAGUUGAGCUGCCCUCUCAAGUUGAGCUGCCAUCUCAAGUUGAGCUGCCCUCUCAAGUUGAGCUGCCCUCUCAAGUUGAGCUGCCCUCUCAAGUUGAGCUGUCCCCUCAAGUUGAGAUUUCCUCUCAAGUUGAGCUGUACACUCAAGUUGAGCUGCCCUCUCAAGUUGAGCUGCCAAGUUGA